UAUUUUAUUUCUUGGUGUUUACUAAACUAAUUUGCCAAGAAUGUUACAAUUUAGUACAACUAUUUGGACUAUAAGUGCCAGAUCUGUGCCACGAUUAUGUUGGCGAUUUACAGCAUUGCUUUCAUCAGGUUCGGCAUCUGUUGCUCCAGAACCUAGUGCCAUAGAUGUUAAGCAAAAUCUGGAGUCACCGUCACAUAAGAUGAAUAAAGAACAACUUGUAAAAUUUAACGAACUCAAAACAACAUUGUAUAAUACAUUAAAAACACAGAGCAUAAUUGCUCCUAAAGUUCAAAGAGCUGAGACUAUACAGGACUUAUUGAAUCUUAUGAAGAUGCCACAUUUGUCUCGAUCUGAUAUUUUAAAUGUUAUGCAAACUAUCAUACAAUGGAUAAAUAAAAGUGAGAAUUCAUCUUUUAUUCAAAGUAACAAAUUUAUUCUUAAAGAAGGAAUAAAUGAAGCAAUAUCAACCAAUAACAUUGAAGCACCUGAAGUAACUGAUUUUUCUAGAUAUACUAAGCUUUCAACAUCUUCAAUGAUCAAGGAGGUAUUACAGUUAGCAAAAUCUAAAAGUAGAAAGCCGAAAGAAUUGAAAUUCUUAUGUGAUAAUAUUACUGAUUAUAAAGAGAAAUUAAGUGUUGGAGAAUGUUCAACAUUGAUGUACUCUAUGUGUGCUUUAAAUUAUUGUGAUGAGAGGUUGCUUGCAAAGAUUAGUUCCAAUCUCAUGAAUACUGUCUGUACAGUAAAAUCUGGUGCAGUAAGAUCUAUAUUAAAAUCUAUGGCAGUAAUUAAGUAUAAAAAUAACAACCUUUUAGCGUUUAUAUGUAAUGUUAUGAUGCAUAGCAAAGAGAAGAUAGAGCCAGCACAUAUUGUAAACAUUAUAUACUCAUUUGCAACAUUAGGGUUUGAUUCGGAUCACACAAGUGCAGUUAUAGAGAAAUACGAGAAAGAAUUAACACAGGAUUCAGUCACAGCUGAUGAUUGGUUACACUAUGUUUGGUCUUUAGUUAUACUGAACAAGGUAAAACAUUCAUUUCUCGAAUCUGUACUAUGCGAUAAAUUCAUUAUGAAAAUGUUUUCUAAAGAUUCAAGUAAACAUGUAACAAGAAAAUUGAAAUUAUUAAAUAUCAGUGGUGCAGCGAAAUUUUCGUCGGACUAUAAUGGGCCAUUACUUGAUAACAAUGCAGUGGUGAAGGAUAUAGUAGUUCCACUUUCAAAACAAAAAGUAUUAUAUGUCAAGGCAUUAGAAGAAACAUUAAAGUCCUUAGCACCUUCUCCAUCUUCACUAUGCUAUAGGAUAAAUGUAAAUACGAAAAUGGGCUUCUUUUUGGAUGCUGAGUGCUUUGUAAAUUCUAAAUCAAAACUUGUUAGCACAACUGACACAACAGUCAAUAACAUAGAUAAAGUAGCCAUAAUAAUACAUGACUAUUUCUCCUACUGUUAUGGAUCCAAUGAACUCCACGGAAUAUAUAAACUGUAUAACAGAUUAUUAGAGAACAGUGGGUAUAAAGUUCUACAGAUUUCUUAUCAACACUUCGGCUUAGAAGACAAACUUGUUAAGCGUGAACAGUUCUUAGAAAUGAGUAUUCAGUCAUUAAAAUAAAUAUGAUUUAGUAUCAUGUAAUACUUGAUAAAUAAAAAGUGUACAAAGUG